UCACUGAUUUUGAAACCGUAUCGUAUUGGCCAAGUCAGUUCCCUCGAUUUGCCCGACAGAGACGAGGGUUUGAAGAAGGGAGAUCCAUGGAGGGAAGCGAGAGCGAGGUGGUGUUCGGAGCCUUCGACCUCAAUCCUCAGCUAUUCCUCAACGAAGUACUCAACGCCGUCGACGGCAAGUCCGAUUCCGCCUUCGAUUUGUGUCUCCAGCAAGCAACAGAAAUCGUCCGCGGUGGCGCCGAUCGGUCCGAAGAGUUGGUCAGGGGUGUUUCUUCCCUUCAAUACUUGAUGAAAGGAGUUUUAGACAAGCGUAUGAGCAUGUGGGAGAAGUACUGCCUUCAAACUUGUUUUUCUGUUCCAGAUGGAUUUGUGUUGCCCAAUUCUAAAGAAUCGGUUGUCACGCUGCUUCGGGAAUGCUGCCCUGACGAUGAGCUUGAUUCUGAAAUAUACUCUUUAAGAAACAAACUUGCAGCUGCUGGGAGGGAAUUCAAUGGACUUGGUAGAGAGAUGAGUUUGUUGGAGCAGAAGUCAACUGCUAGCAAAAAUUUCAAUGCUACUGUGGCUGAAGUGCAACACAUGCUUGAGGAACCCUCUGUGCAUCACAUGUUUCAAGAGUUAGCAGAAACUGCAUCCAAACUGCAAAAAAAAGUGGCAGAAAUGCAUCGUGAGAGGUCCAACAACAUGAAGAUGCCAAGUUUUUCCAGCCAAGAGAAUCAUAUGGUUCCUUACAAAGGGCUGCCUGCAAAAAUUGAAGAUAUUCAAGAGAUCGUAAGCAUUCUAAACACUCAGUCAUAGAUUUCCUGAUGUACCUGUUUGAACCUAAUAUAUGCAUCCUAAUGCUUGUUUUAGAUUUUGCAACAUCUCAGAAAGUGAUCUAACGUGUUACUGACCUAUUAUCUCAAGCAGUUAUUAUUGUUCCUAGUCGGUCAUUAGACUUGAUGAUUAUGAGAAAAUCUCAUUGUAUCAUUUUCUUUCCUAAUUCUCUGUUAAAAAGUUGAUAUAUUCAUGGUGUAUACUGGUAACCAUCAAAGCAAGCUUAAAUCAUCAAAACACUAACAAGAAGCAGACACAAACAAAAAGAUGAAUUGUAAAGAAACCUUGAUUCCUGGAUCUGGUUUCUUUUCCUAGGGACACCUUUCCUCCUCCUCAGGCUUUAAAGCAUCAUCAAUGGCACCAACUCAUGUCUUUUGAUUAUCCUAAUCAAAAACAUUCUUCGGUUUAAAAACAUGUAACAUUCAUUACGUCAUGCAUUCUCAUUGGAUUACUACAAAUCUACCCAUAAAAUCUAUUUAUAAGUCAAACCACAGCUCGCCAGCAAGCGGAAAACGUAGAGGACGAAGAAAGAGACAUGGGGUUCCCCGUCGGCGGCUACUCCGAGCUGCUCCUCCCUCGGACGCUCCUCGGCCUCACCCUCCUGCUGGGCUACCUGCGCCGCCUCGUCUCGGACGCCUUCAGCGCCUGCCUCGGCGUCCUCCUCCUCGACGACGGCUUGCGCGUCCGCCGCCGUCAAUCCACAGCGCUGGCCGUCGACCGGGCGCUCCCCGCGACGCGAUACGACGGUGACUGCGACGGCCGCGGCAGCGGCUGCGCCAUCUGUCUGUGCGAGUUCGAGCAGGGGGAGGCGGUGCGGAAACUGAGCGAUUGUCGCCACGUGUUCCACCGCGGCUGCCUCGACCGCUGGGUGGAGCAUGGCCGGAGCACCUGCCCCCUCUGCCGUGCUCCGCUGUUCAGCGACCUCGCUUGGGACGCCGCGCCUCACGCUUACCAUGACGACGACUGCGACGACUUCGCUCCCACAACUCGGGCCAUGCUUCUCCUUGAUCAACUCUUUUCCGCCUCGUGGUUCAAUUCCGCAGCCGACUAUGCUUUGGACAGAGAUUUGCUCGAACCCACAAAUCUAAGCCUUUAAUUCCAAUUAAAUUCAACAAAACAUAACAAAUAAAAUUCGUUCAAAAAAUAGAAAAAAGCUUUGGAAAUAAGUCAUAUUUCAACCUGCAAGUUCUCUCCAGUCUGGAGUAAAAUAAGGAAUCGGUGUGUAUUUUCAUAUCGAUCUUCUAGAAGCUCCAAUAAACUGUUGCAAAUCGUACUUGUACCCGAUUUGUCUAAUAAACAGGUUUUUAGAAAAUAA